GGAGGUCGCCGCCGGAGCCAUCAGCAGCAGCAGCAGCGGCGGCGGCGGGAUGCGGGGCGCGGGGGCGGGCCGGCCAGGAGUAAUGGCGACGUAGGAGCGACCGGCGAAGGCAAUACUCAGUCCGCCAUGUGGCCGCAGCAGAGCCGCCAGCUCCCCGCGGACGUCGGCGGAGGCUCCCCGAGGGGCGGAAGUCCCCUGGGCGAAGAGAGGCUGGAGGAGCCCAACCAGGUCCUCCUCAGCACCCUCAUGCAGCUCCAGAACGCCCAGUUCUCGUCGGGCCUCGCGCACCCUCCUGCGCCAGCCCUCAAGGACACGGACGCCCUCCUGUCGGCCAUCCACCAGUCGCAGAUGCUCUACUACUCCUACUGCUCCCAGCUCAUACAGACCCUCAGGAGCAAGCAGGCGCACCAGGAGCAGCAGCAGCAGAAGAAGCGGCACGAGGAGCGGCAGACGCGCCUGGAGCACGAGGCCGCCGCGCUCAAGAGACAGUCGUCGACGUCGUCCUCGUCCCACGAGGACUUCCAGACCCACGUGGAGGAAUGCGAGGACGCGGACGACGGCGACGAGUACCUGGACGUCACCGACGAAGACCACGUCGAGGACAUCAACUCCAUCCUCCGCACGAGACUCAAUACGCAGGAAGCGCUGACGCCGUUCGACCGCCAGUCCUCGUGCGCGGGCUCCCCCAGCAGCGCCCUGCCCUCCAGCACGACCGGUUUCGACGACCCGGAGGACCUGUCCCCGUCCGACGGUGCAGGAGGCGCCCGGAAGCGCGCCCCUCGCGCCCUCACCGGCAAGCACGUCCGGCCGGGCACCGGGGCGUCGGCCACCACCCUCCUCACCCUCCGGCAGAAGCUGGAGGAACGGCAGAAGUUCCGCGAAGUGCACGGCGCCGCCCCAACGCCCCAGCCCCCGCCCAGGAGCAAGGCGCGCCCCAAGAAGAAGUGAGGUGGCGACGGGGUGGCGCUGUUGCCGCGGCAGAUGUUGGGCGCGACCUUGCGGGCGGGAGGAAGGCUCCGAGGGGCGCGCCGGUGCUCAAGGGUUUUUUGCCAAAGACGACGAGGGAGGCGCGCGGGAGACAAUGGCCGGGAUCAUGGACGAAAGAUGCGUGGAAAGGAGAAAGGAAUUCACAGACAGCAGUAAUGCCGCGACUGGUUGCUUCUUCCUGGGAAAAAUACUUUCGGAAAGAUGUAUAGAUAUGUAUAAGGUUCCUUUUACUUCCCAAUAUGCAAGAGCUUGCGGUAAAAGACGAGGCUAUGAAUAUUGCAAAAAUAUGUAUGCCUUCAAUUCUUGUUCAAGUAUAGAAUGCAUAGUUGACUGCAACUUGCCAAAAUAAAAUCAUCUAUGGCAACACAAGCAGCCAAGUCGAAUACUGUAGUGUGUUAUGAGACAGCAAAUCGUUCGGUAACAACAUAUGGUGACUCAGCAGUGUUAUUUCAGUCAACACCAAAGGAUAAUGUUACAGUGAUUCAAAAAUAGUUCUUUUGGUGAGCAAAAAAAGAAAGAAAAUGUUAUGUCAUCCUAUUUGGCAUAAUCAUGUUUGUAAUUUCAGCGUCAAAUAUUGUAAGAGAACAUGAUGAUUAAUUAGAUAAGAUGCGAUAUAUAAGACAUUUUCUUCCGCCCUGAGAAGAUGGCGAUUCAAGGAGGAAAAAUGCAGAGAGAAGUUGCCAGGUCGUAAUUAAUGAUCCGAUUAACCACGUACACUGCAACUUCUCGUAGUUAUUUUUAAAACAAUUUAAGUGGGAAAAAACGGAAUUUUCACCUCUUUGGUUUUACAAACAGCUUAAUGCGGAUCCCAAUUGAAGUUAGAAUGCUUUGGUGUUGAGAAUAUUGCACUGCUAAAUACAAAACUGAUUUGCAAGUCUGUAAGUGUCUUGCAUCAAGUUCUUGCAUUAAAACGAGGCUACAGCAAAACAUAUCAUUUAGAUUUAAGUUUAAUUUCCUUCGGCUAUAACGACUUGAAAAAAACUAUAUUAUAACGAAGGCUAUCAUUACAUUCCAGAAUUUAAUCUCAUUCCUUGUAGAUUUAUUAGUACUAAAUUUGCCGACGUAUUUUUACCCGAAAGAAUGUGAAUAUAAAAUGAAAGACGACCAGUGAGAACAAUUAUAAAAAGAAGUGUCUAUUCUUCUCUGAACAGGAAAAAGAACAGAUAAAUAUGUCUCUGAGAAUGAGAUACUUCAGAAGCAAGAGACAAAGUAGAAAAAAGAAAGAAAAUUGGUCAUUGGAAACCGAGCUCCGUUUAGUGAGUGGAGAUAACGUGCGUAAAGUUUUAACGAGUCGAUUUUUUUUCUUUCUUCUCUCCCAUUUAUAUUAUAUUUCCCUUCGAAUUUCUUUGUGUAGUUUUCCACCUUGAAAUAAUCAUGCCGGGCAUUGUCUUGUGUUCUCUUGGCUUUAAUUUUCGUUAAAUAUUUUGUAAAUACCAGUGUCGCUCAGAAUUAGGUUUAGAUAUGUAUCCCCCUUGUAAAUAUACCAUGUAGAACUCAUGUAUUACUGAAUUAUCUUUUAUACAUAGUUGAGAAUGCUACCAUGCUUCCAUUCUUUAUUGAUAAUGAAGAUAAUGAUAAUAAUAAUGUUGAUAUUGAUAAUUCAGAUUUCUCAAUUAAGCAGAAUAUUGCUAUCAAACAUUUUUUUUUUUUUUUUACUCAAGUAU